AUGGUAAUCUGUCGAGAAGCAAAUAAGUUCUAGUCAACUCUUGAUAGAAUGGAUUAGCCAAUACAUGUAUUUAAUGAUCAGAAAUUUUAAGAGUAUCAGGAAAACUAGCUUAUUGAAAACGAUAACUCUAGUCUUAACUAGGUGAUCACAUCAAUCGAUUAAUACUAAUAAAAGAUACAGGAUUUCCUUGCCUAAAACGAUCAAAGAUAGUCUUCCAGUUUUCUUAAUCCUAGAUAGUCAGUAACAAGCAUAAAAAACUAAUCUCGUGGGAGUGUCUAGUCCUCGAAAAGCAUCAAUAUUUUGGAUCACAUAGACAAUGAAAAGAUAAUUUAGCUUUUGAAGUAAUAAAGUCAAAUUAAGACUAUAUUGAGCUUAAUGAGAAAAGAAUUUUUGAGUAUGAGUGAUGAACUCAAAUUUGGAAUCAACUCUUUAGUGAACAUUAUGGUAAAACUUAAUGAUAACUCUAGCUCUGCAUUAAAUUGA